AUGGCGAUACUGUUUGCUGUUCUCCUGGUGAUGGCGGUGGCGGCGGUGGCGGCGGGAGGGGACACUAACUCGAAGGUGGUGAAGAUCAGCUGCGGCAGCGAGGUGGCCCUCAACGCCACAGUCUUCCUCCCCAGCCUCAUCGCCAAUAUGGACGGCACUCGGGAGCAAGUCAGGGCCACCGGUUUCGGCAUCUCCACCAACGGCUCUGACCACAGCCUUGCCCUCUGCUACCGCGGCCUGCCGGAGCAGGACUGCACCCUCUGCUACUCCACCGCCCGCACGACGCUCCCGCAGUGCUUCCCCUACAUCGGCGGCCGUAUCUACCUCGACGGCUGCUUCAUGCGGGCCGAGAAGUACGAGUUCUACGGCGAGUUUUCCGGCCCUCAGGACGGCGCCCUCUGCGGCAACGCCACACGCAGGGGUGCCGCAUUCGAGAGGGCGGCGCGGGAGGCCGUGCGGCGGGCCGUCACGGCGGCGCCGCCGGCCGGUGGAAACGCCACCGUUUCGGUCCCCGGCGGCGAGCCGGUGUACGUGCUGGUGGACUGCUGGAGGUCGCUGAACGAGAGCUCCUGCAGCGCGUGCCUGGAGAGCGCCCUGGCGUCGGUGACCAGCUGCUUGCCGUGGUCGGAGGGAAGGGCUCUCCACACGGGUUGCUUCCUCCGCUACUCCGAUGCCAACUUCCUCGGCGGAGCGGAAGAGGGCGGGAGUGCCGAAGGUUCGCAGAUUGGUCACCCCCAUGAGCUUCCAUCCGAGGUUCCCCCUGGAAACCCUAACACCCAUCUCCUUAUUCUUCCUUGCAGCCAACAAGACGGCUAUAAUCGCAACUCCUCUCGCAAUCCUAGCGCUCGCGCUGUUCGCCGUCAUUCUGAUCAGGAUCUGCAGGAAGAACAUGAACCAGAAGAGGGGUGGGGCCUUAUCUAUCAUCUAAUGUUUCCGUCGUAGCUUUGUGUUUUUCUUAGACUGACGUGGUUUCCAAUCCGCAGAGAUGGAGGAAGCGGCGAAGAUCGCCUCCCUUCUUUAUACAACAUGCAUCGACUUCAAGUAUUCCACCCUGGAAAAGGCCACCGGACAUCUCUCCGAGUCCAACAAGCUCGGACAGGGAGGAUUUGGGGCCGUCUACAAGGUUGUCCAUGGAGGAGACGAUUCUCGACCUCUGAAAUUCUCUGUCGAAGCAUAGGAUCCUCGUGCCAUUUCGUCGGACAUCUUCCGUUCCUGCCCUUCUGAGGAAUCGCCGUCGCCAUUGACAGGGAGUUCUGGCGGAUGGAAGGGAGAUCGCAGUGAAGAGGCUGUUCAUCGACAAACGGCCACCCGUCUCCGAUUUCUUCAACGAGGCCAACAUCAUCAGCAGCCUGGAGCACGAGAACCUGGUCAGAUUGCUGGGUUGCAGCUGCUCAGGCCCGGAGAACCUCCUCGUCUACGAAUACCUCCCCAACCAGAGUCUCGACCGGCUUCUCUUCCGUACCGCCUCGUCCCAUUCUCCUUCCUCCUCUUCCUUCUGUUCCUCAGUCGUCGUCCUCUUCAGAUCUGCUCUUCGUUUCCGCAGACCCGAUUAAGGGGAGAGAGCUCAAGUGGCAGCAGAGAUUCGGGAUUAUCGUGGGGGUGGCCCGCGGCCUGACCUACCUCCACGAGAACCAGAAAACCAGGAUCAUCCACAGGGACAUCAAGGCCAGCAACAUCCUCCUGGACUGCAAGCUACGCCCCAAGAUCGCAGACUUUGGCCUGGCUAGGGCUUUUCACUAUGAUCAGACCCACCUCAAUACCGGCAUCGCCGGAACUAUGUCGGGAAUCUCCCUUCCCCUACAAUUUUCUCAAUCCAUCGCACCAGAAAGGGACUAGAAUAACCAUUGAUUACUCUGCAAAACAGAGGAUACAUGGCACCGGAGUACGUUGCCCACGGGCAGCUGACGGAGAAGGUGGACGUCUACAGCUUCGGCGUGCUCCUCCUGGAGAUCGUGACAGGGAGACCGAACAGGAGGGGGGAAACCACCGGAACCCUAGACUGCCUCCUGAUUUCGGUAAGCCUCGGGGCGCCCAACAAACUGAUAAAUCUGCCGGGUUUUCUUCGAGAUUGUGGUAAUCCAGUGAAGUAAUUAAUGGUGGGCAGGCCUGGAAGAGAUUCCAGAUGGGGAGAACGGAGGAGCUGAUCGACCCAACACUCCUGCCCCACACUGCCGCCGUCGGUGAAGGCGGCGCCGCCGACCCCAGAGGGGAGAUAAUGAGGGUAGCCCACGUGGCCCACCUGUGCACCCAGGAGAGCCCCCCGCUACGGCCAUCGGCCUCCCGCGCCCUCCAAAUGCUCCUGGGAAAAGAAGAGCGGCUUCCGCUGCCGGCGCCGCCGCCGUUCGCAGACGAUGGCGCGGCGGAGAGGAACCCCCUAGUUCGCCGGAGCCCGUCCUCCUCCGGCUCAUUCAUUGCGGCCGUUUCCUACAGCUCUCUUCAGCCACGGUGA